AUGAUCCCAAAUAAAAUACCCAGGCUGCCCCUCCCCUCCCUUCUCUCUCCUCUCUCCUGCCCCGCCUCCCCUCCCCGCUCCCCGUCCCCGCCGGCGAACCCACCACCGCCCUCCUCCGCCGCCCUCCUCGCCGCCGCCCCGCCACCCGCCGCGCUCCUCCCCGCCACCGUCUCCUGCCCCCCGCCCCGCGGACCCCGUGCCACCACGCCCCGCGCGACUCCGCCCCAAACCCUAACCCUAGCUCCGCCGUGCCACGGCUCCCGAGCUAUUUCCUGCGGCGACUCUGCGAGGAGGUCCCGCCUCGUUGCGGGCAUCCUGCCUGCGUACCUGUGGCGGCGUCUCUAG